AUGAUACGAUAUCUACACCAUUCGUGCACGUCUGACGCCAGCUCACUCACUGCUCCAAACCCUCGUUCUGUUGUUCUACACACUGCACUCUUCUUGGCAGAAAACAAGGGCUUGGAAAUUUGCUUCGGUGAAGCAGCAGCAGUCCGGAGGCCGGAGACUCCCCAAACCUUUCGUGUGAGCAUACCCCUCGGUGGCGGAAUUCGGCGCGAGAGAGAAUCCAUGUCUCGUUUCGUGGUGACGGGAGCCAAUAAAGGCAUUGGCCUGGAGAUCGUGAAGGGUCUCCUCGAAACCAACAAGAACGCCUUCGUGUUCCUCGGCAGCCGGGACGCCGCACGUGGCCAAAACGCCGUGCAAUCACUCCUCGAGCAGAAUUCCGAGUCGUACUCCGGGCGAGUCGAGGCCCUCGAGAUCGACGUGUCCGACGCAAGCUCUGUCUUGCAGGCGUCGGAAACCGUUCGCACACGCCUCCAAAGUGGUGGCUGCGGCGGCAGCGACGGGGCUGGGGUGUCGUCACCGGCGUACUUGGACGCCCUCAUCAAUAACGCCGGGAUGAUUCCCGAGGACGCAUCUUCCCCGACCGGGUUCGCGUCCUGCAUCGACGUGAACUUCCGCGGCGUGGUUCGUACGACGGAGGCGUUCCUCCCGCUCCUUGAGCCAUCGAAGGGACGGGUCGCCAUCACCUCUAGCUCGUCGGGACCGUCGUUCGUGGCCAAAUGCAGCCCUGAGCGCCAGGCCCUCAUGACCGACCCCGAUGUCACGCACGCACAGAUCACCAGGCUUGUUGACGAGUGCUUGGCCAUCGCGUCUGCCGAUGGCGGCCUGGAGGAAAAGUUCGCCGCUGUUGGCCUGUCCGGAAUGGAUGGGAAAAUGGGUGUGUACGGGCUCUCGAAGGCGUUGGUCAACAUGUACACCGUGCAACUGGCGCGGGAGCACCCGGCGCUCAUCGUCAACGCGUGCACCCCGGGCUUUAUCAAGACCGAUAUGACCGCUCCUUUCGAGAAAACCAUGGGCAAAUCCCUCGACGAGAUGGGCGCCAAGACUCCGGCAGAGGGCGCGAAAGUUCUCGUACAUUUGGCGACGGGCGAGGUUCCCAGUAGCGGGUGGUACUUCGGCAGCGACCUCCAGCGGUCACCGCUCGACCGUUACAGAAGCCCCGGUGACCCGGCCUACGACGGAAAGUAGAUAUCCCGCUGGGUUCGCUAAAUCUGUCUGGCGUAAGCUAGUACUGGUCGAGGCGAAGUCGUGUUUUGGCGAGCAUUGGCGUCGUUUGGUGGUUGCAUGGCUUUGUUUCUGUUGGUUGUGGUUUUCGUAGAGGCUUUUGCAAGCCAGGACAGCGGCUGGUGUGCUUGCGGGCCGAUCAAUGCCACUAGGGUUGAGGCAUGUGCUGCAAUGGUGGCCGAUUACAUCGACUUAGAGUUGUUGGUUCUUGUGCCUUCGAACACUCACCUAAUGUCUUUGGGUCAUACUUGACCUAACGCUGCGAAGAAUCUUGAGCAGCAGUAUUGCCGGAGACAACAGCAGUACAUGUGACGUGUUGGGCGUUGUCCGAAGUUUUACGGCCGCAUUUAGUUUCUUUAUUUUUCUGUACAUACGUUGUGCUACGUCGAUCCAUGACAAUGGUUGCUGAGUAGAAAGCAAACAUGAAUUGUUUUUUCGGUUGGUAUAUGUCAAUGCAUUCGGAAGUCGUUCGUCGUGGGGUAUCCUGUAGCUAUGGUGGGGAAAGGCGUAUUUGGAUCGCGGUGGAAUAGCUACGUAACGUGUACUCAAUGGGUAUUCGAUUAUUUCCCUCCCUGUAGAUUAAUCUUGUACUGCGCGAUCUCUUGAUUGUUCAACCACGCAGCUCUGUAUUUAGUUUUUCACGGUAGGGGGCGUCGUGAAUCGUGUAUGCCUC